UUGCCCUAUUCAUUGGACUUUACUCUUUCUUUUCUCAAAUCUAAUGAUUUCAGACGAUUUUUUUUUUCAAUGCUCCCUACUUCCUGCUGUUCUAUUUACUUUAGUGAGAUUUUUUUUUCCAUGGCAGUUUUUUUCCUAAGAAAAUAGACAGAGAAAGUAGGAGGAGCUGGACUGAGAAGUGUGCCUCACUCUCUCUCUCUCUCUCUCACACUCGCUCACACACGCUGCCGCUCUUCCAUUCUGUCAUUGCCAUCUCGGCAGAACGGAGACUGUUCGUUCCCAGCCACGCUGAGUGUUGGGGGGACAGGACGCUUUUUACUUUGUUCGAGACAGUUUUCAAAGAGGAAUAUUAUUUUUCUUCAAGAUAACCGAAGGAGAAAACAAGAGGAAGAGAAAGUAAGGGGGAAAAAAAAACAUUACAAGGAUUUGUUCUUUAAUUUCCUAAUUGAAUUUAGAAACACGUGACAGCCGGUUUUGCCACUGGAUUCUUUAGUGACGUGUGACAUCUUAAUUUUUCUUUCCUCGUUGUGCAUUGUAGUUUUACUUUGAGAGAGUGCUCUGACAUAAAGCACAAUGGUUGCUGGAAUGCUGAUGCCCAUGCGGGACCUGAGGGCUAUCUAUGAGGUCCUGUUCCGAGAUGGUGUCAUGGUGGCCAAGAAGGACAAGAGGCCUCAGAUCAAGCACCCUGAGAUACAAAGUGUGAGCAACUUACAAGUUAUCCGUGCCAUGGGAUCUCUAAAGUCCAGAGGCUACGUGAAGGAGACAUUUGCCUGGAGACAUUUCUACUGGUACCUGACCAAUGAGGGAAUUGUUUACCUGCGUGACUACCUCCGUCUGCCCCCUGAGAUUGUUCCUAUGUCCCUGCAGAGGGUGAGGAAGCCAACCACCACUCUAGCAAUUGCUCAACGGGCUGCACGGGUCCAGUCUGUGGAAGGUCCUACGUCUUAUGUUCCCAAGCCAGGACGAUGGGGUGAAGCAGAGAGCCAAGACGGACUGGCUGAGCGUCAAGGCUACCGCCAUAAGAUGAUGGGCUCUGGAGAAAAAGAAGUCUCUACUGAUAGGACCCCCAGGUUCAGGGGUCGCCCGCUGGCUGCAGAGCCAGUCAGGCCUAAAGCAUCAUUGGAAGUGGAGGAUCAGUCUCAGCCGCUGUUCAGGAAAGGGAACAGCUUCAGAAGUGAAGGUGCACGGAUGGAGGAAACCAGGGUGAAAAGAGUCACUCUUCAGCAACCUGAUGUGAGCAGUGAGAGGCCAUUAAGAACAUCACAGGAGAGAAGAGUAUUUGAGGUUCAAAAGGAAAAGGUACAAAGUUCUGUCUCUGUUCAGACAGCCGCUUGGAAACAUGAUGUAUCGCAGACCACUCUGACAUCAGUGUCCUCCAAGACAGCCCUACCAUUAAGGUCACCUGCUGUUGCUGAGGCUACAGGUGGUGCAACAUCAAAGAUUCCAGCUGAACCAUUUACUCCAAAAACAAAUAAGGAGAAGCCCAACAUAUCCGCUGAAAAAUCUUCCUUGAAGUCUAGUAAAAUGGUCACAAGCCAUUCAUCCACCAUAACACUUCCUGAUAUGGAGGUCAAAGAAGAGAAGACAAAAAAGUUAAUUGUGGAUCCAAUUAAAUCUGCAGCGGUUGAGGCUGCAGCUGAAGCGGUAACUGAAAAGCCCCAAGAAGUUUUUCCAGUAGCUGAUGCUGAGGAACCAAACAGUCUUCUUACUGACACUGUCACUGCUGCUCCUUUCAUCACAGAACCUGUUAGUAACAGUGUCAAAGAAGAGAAGACAAAAAAGCAUAGUGUGCAUCUAGUUCAAUCUGCAGAGGUGAAGACUACAGUUGAAACUACAACUGCUAAAAUAAAGCCACAGCCUGUUACUACAUUGGCAUCUGGUCACGAAACCUCCAAACGUCUUACUCACACUGCCACCACCACCGCUGUCAAGACAAAAUCUGCUAAUGAAGAUGCAAAGGAAAAAAUGAGCCAGAAAGAAAAUGUGAAGAAGGAAUCAAAUAAACCUGCAGAGCUGAAGACCCUUGUCGAAUCAAAAAUAGAUCAUGAGAAGGCCAAGAAAACUGCCAGUGAAACUGUGACUCGACAGACCACCAAACCUCCACCUGACUGUACUACCAGCGAGCCAGUAUUGUCCAAUGAUGGAACGAAGGAGAGCUCCAAAGCUAAAGUAACUCAGGAGCCUAUUGUUGCUUCUCUAACCUCCGUGGAUCUCUCAGCAAAACCCACAACUGAUGAAGUGCCCCUAAAAACUACCACACUGUCCGAGUCCUCGAUACAUGAAGUUACAACUACCAUCAGUACAACAACUCUCUCAGCACCUCUGUCCAAGAAAGUUAAAGUGACAGAGGUCAUUGCGAAACAGGAGAAAACUGAUGUAAAGGUGAUUCCGUGCGUCACAAAAGAUGUGACAAUAGUGCAAGAGGAGGUCACUCAAGUAUCAGUGCAGGAUCCCACAUUAGCACAAAAAGACUCCCAGUCCAGUCAAAGUGCUGGUGUCACAGAGGGGGUCAAGGAAACCAAGCAGGUGGUUGAAGGAAGCUCAAAAUCAAAAAGAAAGAAAAAGAAAUCUCCAGGUGAGAUAUCUAAGAAUGUCAACUAUGAGGAAGCACAGGACAUACAGGUGGAGAAGGGAAAAACCUCUAAAGACAAGUCGCCAGAGGUGGCGGCAGAAAGUAACCCUCAACCAACCCCAGUGAUUAUCUCAGAGCCCGUGUCUAACAGUGUUAAGACUACGGGGGCACCCGUAGAGAAAACUAAGGCUGAGGCUAAAAUCAAUGUAGAGAGGGUGCAAAUAAAAGACAUUCUGAUACAAACUGAUGGGAAGCAAAGGGGGAAAGUCCCUUCACAAACAGAAACUAUUGCUGCAGAAGCAACACUAUCUGUUGACCAGAUCCCUGCAGUGCCCCCUGUGGAGGCCCAAGUAAAGGAGGUUGCAGAAAGCAAUGCCACCAAGAUCACACAGGGAAAACUACACCACAAAGCCGUGGAAAUGCCUGUGAAAAAAGUUGAAACGGUGACUCUACAGCAAAUAACUCAAGUGGAGCUUAUACAAGAAAGCUCCAACUCUGAAAAGAAAAGCUCUGCACCGCAGUCAGAAUCUCCGAAACCCACAGUUGAGACUAAAUCCCCAGUAAGCACAGAGAAAGCUGCAGAGGAAUCUUCAAAAGGUAGGAAGAAAGGGAAAGGGAAAAAGCAGGCUAUGGCACCAGCAACAGAGACUAUUAACGCAAAGCCGGUCAUUUUGCCUGAAGCUGAAGCAUUGCCCUCUGCUGACAUUACAUCAUUGCCCCAGGCCACAGUUAAAGACAGCCCUGUCACGGCCUCCGCACUGACAGAAGUGAGUGUUUCUCCAAAGACGACUCCUGAAAGAAUGUGCAGCGAGGAAGUCGGGCAGGCAGCAGCUGUGCUCUCUGAGGCCCCGGCAGACAAAGGGGAGGCGGAGCCAGCGCUGCUCUCUGCAGAAAAAAUCGAGCGGGAGGUUCCGAAACCAAAAACAUCCUCCACUGCGAGGGAAGCACCCGCAGCCGGAGAAUUAGUGUCAGCAGCGCCAGCAGCAGAGGCAGCUGUAGCUCAGGCACAGGCCAGCCCCCUAGUCGAGCAAGAGGAGCCUCCCAGAGUUGCGCAACAUUUGGCCACUCAGGCAGCAGAGCGCAGCACAGAGAAAAGGCUCUCUGUUUCCGAGGCCUCAAAGCAGGAGCAAGAGAAGAAGAAGGACUUGAAGGAGGACACACCCUCUGCCACUGCCACACCCGCAGCCGCUCAGCCCGUCCAACCUCACCUGGGUGACAACUGUGAGACUGUAAGCCUUGACACUGACGAGGCCGCCAUGAGGAAGAAAAUUGUAGUAGUGGAAGAGAUAGUUGAGGUGAAGAAGCUCGUCAGUCCCCAGGCAACUGGGGAGCAGUCGCCUCCUCCACCUGUGCAACCUGAGGUGGAAGGAGAGGAACUGGACGUUUUCGAAGCCAUUGCCAUAGAGCGGUCACUACUGUCAGGCGCAGCGGCUGAAGCUGAAUGGGACCACUCACUGGAUGACCCAGAGGAGAAGACAUGGCCUAACUUCAUUGAAGAUGAACGAGAUCGGGUGCAGAAAAAGACCUUCACGAAAUGGGUGAACAAGCACUUGAUAAAGCACCGGCGGGCAGAGGCGCAGCGUCACGUGACAGACCUGUACGAAGACCUCCGGGAUGGACACAACCUGAUCUCUCUGUUGGAGGUCCUCUCUGGGGAAACACUGCCCAGAGAGAAAGGCCGCAUGCGAUUCCACAAACUGCAGAAUGUACAGAUAGCACUGGACUUCCUCAGACACCGGCAGGUCAAGCUGGUCAACAUCAGGAACGAUGACAUAGCAGACGGGAACCCCAAGCUGACGCUGGGGUUAAUAUGGACCAUCAUCCUCCACUUCCAGGUCUCCAGUUCUAUCUCCGACAUCCAGGUGAACGGCCAGUCAGAAGACAUGACGGCCAAGGAGAAGCUGCUGCUCUGGUCUCAGAGGAUGAUCGACGGCUACCAGGGCAUCCACUGCAACAACUUCACCACCAGCUGGCGGGACGGCAAGCUCUUCAACGCCGUCAUACACAAACACUAUCCCAGACUCGUCGACAUGGGCAAAGUUUACCGACAGACCAACGUGGAGAACCUGGAACAGGCCUUCAAUGUGGCUGAGAGAGACCUGGGAGUGACGCGCCUCCUGGACCCCGAGGAUGUUGAUGUCCCCCACCCUGAUGAGAAGUCCAUCAUCACCUACGUAUCAUCCUUGUACGACGCCAUGCCUCGCGCUGACGUUCACGAAGCCCGCGCAUCUAAUGAGCUGGAGCUGCGCUGGCAGGAGUACUACGAGCUGGUGACCAUUAUUCUCCAGUGGAUCCGCCACCAUGUCAUGAUCUUUGAGGAGAGGAAGUUCCCCGCCAGCUAUGAGGAGAUAGAGCUUCUGUGGCGCCAGUUCUUGAAGUUCAAAGAGACAGAGCUGCCGGUGAAAGAGUCUGACAAGAUCCGGACUAAACACAUCUACCAGUCCCUUGAGAGUGCUGUGCACACUGGCCAGGUGAAGGUCCCCCCGGGCUACCAUCCCAUCGAUGUGGAGAAAGAGUGGGGUCGACUUCAUGUUGCCAUCCUUGAGAGAGAGCGACUGCUGAGGACAGAGUUCGAGAGACUUGAAAGACUCCAGAGGAUUGUCAGUAAAGUCCAGAUGGAGUCCACUUUAAGUGAGGAGCAACUCAGCCACCUGGAGACCCUGCUGCAGUCGGAUAUCCGUCUGCUGAAUGCGGGGAAACCAGCUCAGCACACGGCAGAAGUGGAGAGGGAGCUGGACAAGGCCGACAAAAUGAUCCGCCUGCUCUUCAACGACGUUCAGAUACUCAAGGACGGGCGCCACCCUCAGGCUGAACAGAUGUACCGCAAGGUGUACCGCAUCCACGAGCGCCUGGUGAACUUGCGCAGUGACUACAACCUUCGCCUGAAGACUUCUGUAACCACGGUAACCACUGCCCGUUCUAACGUGAUAAGCUCCCAGCAGUCCACCAUGAAGGUUCGGCCGGAGAUGGAUGACGUGACCCUGCGCUACGUUCAAGACCUGCUGGCCUGGGUGGUGGAGAAUCAGCGGCGCAUUGAUGACUCCGAGUGGGGAACUGAUCUGCCCUCCGUGGAGUCCCAGCUGGGCAGCCACAGGGGCCUGCACCAGACCGUGGAGGACUUCCGGUCCAAGAUUGAACGGGCCAGGGCCGACGAGGUUCCGCAGACGAAGCUGUCUCCUGUCAGCAAGGGCUCAUACAGAGAAUACCUGGGUAAACUGGACCUUCAGUACGGCAAACUACUGAACUCUUCCAAGUCCCGCCUGAGGAACUUGGAUUCCCUCCACGCCUUUGUCACCGCCUCCACCAAGGAACUGAUGUGGUUGAACGACAAGGAAGAGGAGGAGGUCAACUUUGACUGGAGCGACAGAAACACCAACGUGACUGCUAAGAAAGACAACUACUCUGGUCUCAUGCGAGAGCUGGAGCUGAGGGAGAAGAAGAUCAAUGAUAUCCAGACCUUGGGAGACAAACUUGUCAGGGAUGGACAUCCCGGCAAGCCGACAGUCGAGGCCUUCACGGCUGCGCUGCAGACUCAGUGGAGCUGGAUCCUCCAGCUGUGUUGCUGUAUUGAGGCUCAUCUCAAAGAAAACACAGCCUACUACCAGUUCUUUGCAGAUGUCAAAGAGGCUCAGGACAAGAUGAAGAAGAUGCAAGAGAACAUGAAAAAGAAAUACAGCUGCGAUCGCUCUACGACCACCACGCGGCUGGAGGACCUGCUGCAGGACGCUGUGGAUGAGAAGGAGCAGCUGAAUGAAUUCAAGACCCUGGUGACUGGCCUGAACAAGAGAGCCAAGUCCAUCAUCCAGCUGAAGCCGCGUAACCCCACCACCUCCAUCAAGGGCAAACUGCCCAUUCAGGCUGUCUGUGACUUCAAGCAGCAGGAGAUCACCGUCCACAAGGGAGACGAGUGCGCUCUGCUCAACAACUCCCAGCCCUUCAAGUGGAAGGUGCUGAACCACUCUGGACACGAGGCCGUGGUGCCUUCUGUCUGCUUCAUUGUACCGCCGGUCAACAAGGAGGCGUUGGACGGUGUCUCCAGUCUGGACGGGGGUCAUCAGCAGAUGGUGACCAUGUGGCAGACGCUCCACAUCAACAUGAAGAGCCUGCUGUCUUGGCAGUACCUGAUGAGAGACUUCACACAGAUACGAUCCUGGAACAUCACCACGUUAAAGUCCAUGAAAUCAGAGGAAUACAGGCUGUUGAUGAGGAACCUGGAGCUCCACUACCAGGACUACAUGCGCGACAGCCAGGACUCGCAGCUCUUUGCCCCGGACGACCGCAUGCAGAUCGAGGAGGACUACACCAAGUCGACCCAGCACUUCGACAGCCUGCUUCGCUCCAUGGAGAAAGGACACAUGGUUGUUAGGCUCAAAGGUCAACAGAACGAGUCUCUGUGUAAGAACUUCAUCUCCGAGGUCAAGGACCUGCGUCUGCACAUCGAGGACUGCGAGGCUCGCACCGUGGCUCGCGUACGCAAACCCAUGGAAAAGGAGCCUCUGAAAGAAUGCGUUCAGAGGACAACGGAGCAGAAGAAAGUCCAGGUGGAGCUCGAUGGCCUGAAGAAGGACCUCGACAAGGUGACCGUGAGGACACAAGAGGUCUUGGCCUCCCCCCAGCAGUCCGCCUCAGCUCCUGUGCUGCGCUCCGAGCUUGACCUCACAGUGCAGAAGAUGGAUCACGCCAACCAGCUGUCCUCCGUUUAUCUCGAGAAGCUGAAGACGGUGGAAAUGGUCAUCCGAAACACACAGGGCGCCGAGGGAGUUCUCAAGCAGUACGAGGACUGCCUGCGUGAGGUCCACACUGUGCCCAGUGAUGUCAAGGAAGUAGAGAAUUAUAGAGCAAAGCUGAAGAAAAUGCGGGUCGAGGCUGAGGGUGAACAGCCGGUGUUUGAUUCCCUGGAGGAGGAGCUGAAGAAAGCCUCCGCCGUGAGUGACAAGAUGUCCCGUGUGCACAGCGAGCGCGACGCCGAGCUGGACCACUACCGCCAACUCCGCACGAGCCUUCAGGACCGCUGGAAGGCCGUGUUCACGCAGAUCGACCUCCGCCAGAGGGAGCUCGAGCAGCUUGGUCGCCAGCAGGGCUACUAUCGCGAGAGCUACGACUGGCUGAUCAACUGGACUGGUGACGCCAAGCAGCGGCAGGAGAAGAUCCAGGCCGUGCCCAUCACUGACAGCAAAUCUCUGAAAGAGCAGCUCGCCCAGGAGAAGAAACUGCUGGAGGAGAUUGAGAAGAACAAAGACAGAGUGGAUGAGUGUCAGAAUUAUGCUAAGGCAUACAUUGAUACUAUCAAGGACUACGAGCUUCAGCUGGUGGCCUACAACGCUCAGGUGGAGCCUCUCGCUUCUCCCUUGAAGAAAACCAAACUGGAUUCAGCUUCUGACAGCAUUAUUCAGGAGUACGUCACACUGAGGACCAGGUACAGCGAGCUGAUGACUCUGACGAGUCAGUACAUCAAGUUCAUCACAGACACGCAGCGCCGCUUGGAGGACGAGGAGAAAGCUGCAGAGAAAAUGAAAGCAGAAGAGCAGAAAAAAAUGGCCAAGAUGCAGGCUGAGUUAGACAAACAGAAGCAGUUAGCCGAAUAUCACGCAAAGGCCAUUGCCAAAGCUGAGAAAGAGGCUCAAGAGCUGAAGCUGAGAAUGCAGGAAGAAGUAAACAGGAGAGAAAUUGCUGCUGUAGAUGCAGAAAAACAAAAAUCCAACGUCCAGCUGGAACUGCAUGAGCUCAGGAACUUGUCCGAGCAACAGAUCAAGGACAAAAGUCAACAGGUGGAUGAAGCUCUGCAAAGCAGGUCCAAGAUUGAGGAGGAAAUCCGCCUCAUAAGAAUCCAGCUUGAGACGACAGUAAAACAAAAGUCAACUGCAGAAUCGGAGCUCCAGCAACUUCGUGAUCGAGCAGCUGAGGCUGAGAAACAAAGGAUGGCUGCCCAAGAGGAAGCCGAAAAGCUCCGCAAACAAGUCAAUGAAGAGACCCAGAAAAAGCGCAUUGCGGAGGAGGAACUCAAUCGCAAAUCGGAGGCAGAGAAGGAAGCUGCUAGGCAAAAGCAAAAAGCCCUGGAAGACCUUGAAAACCUCAGGAGGCAGGCCGAGGAGGCUGAGAGGCAAGUGAAGCAAGCCGAAAUUGAGAAGGAAAGACAAAUCAAGGUUGCUCACCAGGCAGCCCAGAAGAGCGCUGCCGCCGAGCUCCAGAGCAAACACAUCUCCUUUGAGGAAAAGACUUCAAAGUUAGAGGAAUCACUCAAACAGGAGCACGGCGCUGUCCUUCAGCUGCAGCAACAAGCCACACAUCUCAAGAAACAACAGGAAGAUGCAGAAGAUGCCAGGGAAGAAGCAGAAAAAGAGCUUGAAAAAUGGAGGCAGAAAGCCAAUGAAGCCCUCCGCCUGAGACUCCAGGCUGAGGAAGAAGCUCACAAAAAGAGCCUUGCCCAAGAGGACGCUGAGAAACAGAAGGAGGAGGCUGAGCGCGAGGCUAAAAAGAGAGCCAAAGCCGAAGAAUCAGCCCUGAAGCAGAAAGAAAUGGCCGAGAAAGAACUUGAGAGGCAGAGAAAGAUAGCUGAGAGCACGGCUCAGCAGAAACUCACUGCCGAACAAGAACUGAUUCGACUCAGGGCAGACUUUGACAAUGCAGAACAGCAGAGAUCCCUCCUUGAAGAUGAACUCUACCGCCUAAAGAAUGAAGUGGUGGCUGCUCAGCAACAAAGGAAACUGCUGGAGGACGAACUGGCCAAAGUGAGGAGUGAAAUGGAUAUACUCAUUCAGCUCAAGUCCAAGGCAGAAAAGGAGACCAUGUCCAACACAGAGAAGAGCAAACAGCUUCUCGAGGUCGAAGCCACUAAGAUGAGGGACCUGGCUGAGGAGGCAAGCAAGCUUAGAGCCAUUGCAGAGGAGGCCAAGCACCAGAGACUGGUCGCUGAAGAAGAGGCAGCUCGUCAGAGAGCAGAGGCUGAGAGGAUUCUCAAAGAGAAGCUGGCUGCAAUCAGUGAUGCUACUCGUUUAAAAACAGAGGCUGAAAUUGCCCUGAAAGAAAAGGAGGCAGAAAAUGAGCGACUCCGGCGACAUGCGGAGGAUGAGGCUUACCAGAGGAAAGCUCUUGAAGACCAGGCCAACCAGCACAAGCAAGAGAUUGAGAAAAAGAUCGUUCAACUCAAGCAAUCAUCUGACGCUGAGAUGGAAAGACAAAAGGCAAUAGUGGAUGACACACUCAAACAGAGGCGCGUAGUCGAAGAAGAAAUCAGAAUUCUUAAGCUCAACUUUGAGAAGGCUUCAACGGGAAAACUUGACCUGGAGCUAGAACUAAACAAACUGAAAAACAUUGCAGAGGAAACUCAACAAAGCAAGCUCAGAGCAGAGGAGGAGGCAGAGAAAAUGAGGAAGCUUGCCCUUGAGGAGGAAAAGAAGAGGAGGGAGGCAGAGGAGAAGGUUAAGAAGAUUGCAGCUGCAGAGGAAGAGGCAGCCAGACAACGCAAGGCAGCCCAGGACGAGCUUGAUCGUCUGAAAAAGAAAGCCGAGGAAGCCAAAAAGCAAAAAGAUGAAGCUGACAAAGAAGCAGAAAUUCAGAUUGUUGCGGCCCAACAAGCAUCCCUGAAAUGCAAUGCAGCUGAGCAGCAAGUCCAAAGUGUCCUUGCCCAACAGAAGGAAGAUGGCAUCAUGCAGCAGAAGCUCAAGGCAGAGUAUGAGAAAGCCAAGAAGCUUGCCAAGGAAGCAGAGGCCGCCAGGGAGAAGGCAGAGAGAGAGGCAGCUCUCCUUCGUCAGCAAGCAGAGGAAGCCGAGCGGCAAAGGGUAGCUGCUGAGCAAGAAGCUGCCAUCCAAGCCCAAGCUCAGGAGGAUGCUGAGGAGUUGAGGAAGGAUGCAGAAUUUGAGGCUGCUAAACGGGGACAAGCAGAAGCAGCAGCACUAAAACAGAAGAAACAAGCUGACGCUGAAAUGGCAAAGCAUAAAAAAUUGGCAGAGCAAACAUUAAAACAGAAGUUCCAAGUGGAGCAAGAGCUCACAAAGGUUAAACUCCAGCUUGAUGAAACUGAUAACCAGAAAUCUGUCCUUGAUGAAGAGCUGCAGCGCUUGAAGGACGAGGUCGAUGACGCUGUCAAACAAAGGUCCCAGGUGGAGGAGGAGUUGUUCAAAGUCAAGGUUCAGAUGGAGGAACUACUCAAACUGAAAAUCAGAAUUGAGGAGGAAAACCAGCGCCUCAUCAAGAAAGACAAAGACAACACACAAAAAUUCCUUGCGGAAGAGGCUGAAAAUUUGAAAAUUCUUGCAGAGGAUGCUGCUAGACUCAGUGUCGAAGCCCAAGAGGCCGCACGAUUAAGGCAGAUUGCAGAAGACGACCUCAAUCAGCAACGAGCUCUUGCAGACAAAAUGCUCAAAGAGAAAAUGCAGGCCAUACAAGAGGCAUCUAGACUUAAGGCUGAGGCAGAGAUGCUCCAAAGGCAGAAGGACUUGGCUCAGGAGCAGGCACAAAAGCUGCUUGAGGAUAAACAACUAAUGCAGCAGCGGCUGGACGAAGAAACAGAGGAGUACCAGAAAUCCCUUGAAGCAGAGAGGAAAAGGCAAUUGGAGAUCAUAGCUGAAGCUGAAAAACUCAAGCUCCAGGUUUCUCAGCUCAGUGAAGCCCAGGCCAAAGCUGAACAGGAGGCCAAGAAGUUCAAGAAACAAGCCGAUAAAAUUGCCGCUCGUCUUCAUGAGACUGAAAUAGCCACCAAAGAAAAAAUGACAGUAGUCGAAAAACUGGAAGUCGACAGACUUCAUACAAGCAAAGAGGCUGAAGAUUUACGCAAAGCUAUCGCAGACCUAGAGAAGGAGAAGUCUAGGCUGAAAGAGGAGGCUGAAGAACUUCAAAAUAAGUCUAAAGAGGUUGCUGAUGCACAGCAGAAACAAUUGGAACAUGAGAAAAUAGUGCUCCAGCAAACAUUCCUGACAGAAAAGGAAAUGCUUUUAAAGAAGGAGAAACUAAUUGAAGAUGAGAAAAAGAAGCUGGAGAGUCAGUUUGAAGAAGAGGUUAAAAAGGCCAAGGCUCUCAAGGAUGAACAGGAACGCCAGAGACAGCAGAUGGAGGAGGAGAAGAAGAAACUCCAGGCCACCAUGGAUGCAGCCCUCAAUAAGCAGAAACAGGCUGAGAAUGAGAUGCUUAACAAGCAAAAAGAAAUGCAGGAGCUGGAGAAUAAGAGACUAGAGCAAGAGAGAAUUCUUGCAGAGGAGAACCAGAAAUUGCGCGAGAAGCUGCAUGAGCUUGAAACACAGAAAGACCAACAGACCAGAGAAAUUGUAACAUUAGUUGAGACAACAAAUACAGUGUACAAUGGCAGAAAUGCCAAUGAUAUGGUAGACAGUGAGGAGAAGAAACCAGAUCCAUUGGCUUUUGAUGGCAUCCGUGAUAAGGUACCUGCAAGCAGACUUCAUGACAUCGGCCUUUUAUCCAAGAAGGACUUUGAUAAUCUGAAAAAUGGCAAAACCACUGUGCAAGUGCUCGGUGAAACUGAGAAUCUUAAAAGAAUUCUUAAAGGAAAGAAUUGCAUUGCUGGUGUUUUGACACCAGCUAAUCAAAAAUUGUCAAUCUAUCAAGCAUCGAAAGAGAAGAAGAUUACUCCGGGCACGGCCAUGGUCCUUCUUGAAGCACAGGCUGCCACAGGUUACAUUAUAGACCCCAUCAAAAAUCAGAAACUUUCUGUUAAUGAGGCUGUCAAGGACGGCUUAAUUGGCCCUGAACUGCACAACAAAAUGCUUUCAGUUGAGAGGGCUGUUGCUGGCUACAAAGACCCAUACACUGGUGGGAAGAUCUCUGUCUUUGAAGCCAUGAAGAAGGGUCUCAUGGAGCAUGAUCAUGCCAUCAGAGUCCUUGAGGCUCAGCUUGCAACUGGUGGCAUCAUUGACCCUAUCAACAGUCACCGUGUACCAAAUGAAAUGGCCUACAAGCAGGGACAAUAUGAUCCAGAAAUGAAUAAGAUUAUGGAGAACCCAUCAGAUGACACAAAGGGAUACUUCGACCCCAGCACUCAGGAAUCUUUGACAUAUUCUGAGCUGAUGGCGAGAUGCACCACUGACCCCGACACAGGGCUGCUACUGCUGCCGAUCACAGAUAAAGCUGCUCAGUGCUCAAGUAUGUACACAGAGGAGGAGACCAAAGAUAUGUUAAGCAAAACAACUGUGUCUGUGCCAUUUGGAAGAUUUAAGGGAAAGACGAUCACCAUUUGGGAAAUAAUCAACUCCGAGUACUUCACUGAGGACCAGAAGAAGGACCUUCUCCGUCAAUACAAGACAGGCAAAAUCACAAUUGAAAAAAUCAUUAAAAUUGUAAUCACUGUUGCAGAGGAGAAAGAGAAGAAGAAGGAAAUCACUUUCGAUGGUCUGAGAGCAGCCGUCCCUGCCACUGAGCUCCUGGAAUCAAAGAUCAUUGAUAAAGAUCUGUACAACAAAUUACACAAGGGCAAUAAGACAGUCAAAGAGGUGUCUGAAAUGGAGCCUGUCCAUAAAGCAUUGAAGGGUACAAACUGCAUUGCAGGUGUAGUCAUUGACUCAUCCAAGGAGACAAUGUCCUUCUAUCAGGCGAUGAAAAAGGAUAUGAUGAGGCCGGGGCCUGCCUUGAUUAUGCUUGAAGCCCAAGCAGGAACAGGCUACGUGGUUGACCCUGUUAACAAUCAGAAGUACACUGUCGAUGAAGCCGUCAAAGCAGGUGUUGUCGGCCCUGAGCUGCAUGAAAAGCUCCUGUCUGCAGAGAGAGCUGUCACGGGUUUCAAAGACCCUUACACUGGAAAAACUGUAUCUCUGUUUCAGGCGAUGAAAAAGGAUCUCAUACCCAAGGAACAAGGAAUCCGACUGCUCGAUGCCCAAAUGACCACCGGUGGGAUCAUUGAUCCAGUGAAGAGCCAUCGCAUUUCACAUGAUGUUGCCUGCAAGAGGAAUUAUUUUGAUGAUGAAAUGCAACAGGUUUUGAGCAGUCCCACUGAUGAAACUAAAGGCUUCUUUGACCCCAACGCAAAAGAAAAUGUCACAUACUCACAGCUCUUCAAGAGAUGUGUCACUGACAAGAAAACUGGUCUGCAGCUUCUUCCUCUUUCUGAUGAAGCAAUCAAUGCAAAGGAGGAGCCAACAUACACUGACGCCCAGACAAAAGAGGCUAUGACUCAGGCAACUGUUGAGCUCGACUCUGGACCAUUCAAGGGCAGGAAGAUGACAAUCUGGGAAAUCAUCAACUCUGAAUAUCUCACAGAGGAACAAAGGCUUGACCUCCUCAGACAGUUCAGGUCUGGAAAGGUUACAAUUGAAAAGAUCAUCAAAAUUGUUAUCACAAUUGUGGACGAAAAAGAGGCCAAGAAACAAGAACAGUCCAGCUUCAAGGGUCUCAGAGCCCCUGUCCCAGCACGCUCGCUGUACAAUUCCAAGAUCAUUGACAAACCAACAUUUGAGCUCCUCCAACAAAGCAAAGCAACACCUAAACAAGUCAGUGAGAAUCCUGAUGUCAACAAAUACCUCCAGGGAUCUGACAGCAUUGCUGGAAUCUACCUUGAGCCAACUAAAGAGAAAAUUAGUGUUUAUCAGGCUAUGAAGAAAAAGCUCCUCAGACAGAACACAGGCCUUUCUCUUCUCGAGGCCCAGGCUGCAACUGGGUUCAUUGUAGACCCAGUGAAGAACCAGUGCCUGUCAGUAGAUGAGGCAGUGAAGUCAGGCCUUGUUGGUCCAGAGCUACAUGAGAAACUCCUCUCUGCAGAAAAAGCAGUCACUGGCUAUAAAGAUCCAUUCUCGGGCUCCAAAAUCUCCCUCUUUGAAGCAAUGCAAAAAGAUCUCAUCCUGAAAGAGCAUGCCAUGCCACUGUUGGAGGCACAGAUGGUUAGCGGAGGAAUCAUUGACCCUGUAAAUAAUCACCGUGUCCCAGCUGACGUUGCAUAUCAGAAGAACAUUUUCAGCAAAGAAAUUGCUAAGACCCUAUCUGAGCCAUCCGAUGAUAACAAAGCUUACACAGACCCAGAAACUGAUGAGAAUAUAACCUACAGACAGCUAAAAGACAAAUGUCUAAGAGAUGCGGACACGGGCCUGUACAUUCUCCCACUCUCCAAACCUCAGUCUCCAACUGUUGUGGAGAAGACGUAUCUCUACACGGAGGAACAAACACAGAGUGACCUGACCAACACCGAGAUUGAUAUUCCAAUUGAAGGCCUUGCUGAUAAAUCAUUGAACCUCUGGGAUGUCAUGAACUCAAAUCUGAUUCCAGAAUCGUCCAGGCAGAAGCUUAUGGAUGAGUAUCGCUCCGGUCAAAUCACCAAAGAGAGAAUGAUCAUCAUUAUUAUUGAGAUCAUGGAGCAGCGAGAGAUUGUUAAAAAUGACAGUCCCUUGUCGUAUAUGACUCUCAGGAGAAGAAUAACUAUUGAGGAGCUCUACAGUACCCGCAUCAUUGACUUGGAGACAUACAACCUCCUUAAACAGGGCAAGAGGAACAUCAGUGACAUAAUGGAGAUGACCAGUGUGAAACAGUAUCUCUAUGGCACAGGCUGUGUUGCUGGAGUUAAAACUGACUCAAGCUCCAAAAUAAGCAUAUACCAAGCAAUGAAGAGAGGUUUUAUUAAACCAGAAGUAGCCAUGUGCCUCCUAGAAGCACAAGCCGCUACGGGAUUUCUUGUUGAUCCGGUAAAUAACGAGACACUCACCGUUGACGAAGCCGUUCGUAAAGGUGUUGUCGGACCUGAGAUACACGAUAAACUUCUGUCAGCUGAAAGAGCAGUCACUGGAUACAAAGAUCCAUACAGUGGGAAAAUCAUAUCUCUUUUCCAGGCCAUGAAAAAGGAUCUUGUUCCAGAGGAUUACGCUCUGAAAAUGUUGGAGGCACAAAAUGCCACUGGUGGCAUUAUUGAUCCUGAGUUCCAGUUCCACCUUCCAGCAGACAUUGCCAUACAAAGAGGUUACAUCAACAAGGAAACCAACGAGAGACUGGCCAGUGAUGUGAAAGGUUUCACUGACCCCGUCAAUGAUGAGAAGCUAUCAUAUGCACAGCUGCUCAAGAGAUGCAAGCUCGAUGGUGGAUUGCGCCUCCUCUCCCUGGGAGACAAGAGGCUGACAUUCAAAGGUCUGAGGAAGCAGAUCACAAUGGAGGAGCUGCUCCGCUCGCAAAUUAUUGACCAGCUGACUGUCACUCAACUGAAUGAAGGUGUCAUCACAGUGGAGGAGGUGAGCAAGAGGCUAUCAAAGUACCUGGAGGGCACGAGCUCUAUUGCUGGUGUGUUCUUAGAGUCCACAAAGGAACGUCUAUCAAUUUACCAGGCCAUGAAGAAGAACAUGAUUAGGCCAGGCACUGCCUUUGAGCUCCUUGAGGCACAGGCGGCCACAGCCUAUGUCAUUGAUCCAAUCAAAAAUCUGAAACUGACUGUCCAUGAAUCAGUGAAAAUGGGAAUUGUAGGUCCGGAGUUCAAAGACAAGCUUCUCUCUGCUGAGCGCGCAGUGACGGGAUAUAGAGAUCCUUAUUCAGGCAAGACAAUCUCCCUGUUUCAGGCCAUGAAGAAGGGGCUCAUCCUAAAGGAUCACGGCAUCCGUCUUCUGGAAGCCCAGAUUGCCACUGGUGGAAUCAUUGACCCAGAGGAAAGUCACAGGCUGCCAGUUGAGGUGGCCUACAAACGUGGCUUAUUUGACGAGGAAAUGAAUGAGAUCCUGACAGAUCCAUCUGAUGACACCAAAGGUUUCUUUGAUCCCAACACUGAGGAGAACCUGACCUACCUCCAGCUCAUGGAGAGGUGCAUCACUGAUCCCGACACUGGCCUGGUUCUCCUACUGUUGAAAGAAAAGAAGCGGGAGAGGAAGACCUCCUCUAAAUCCUCAGUUCGUAAACGCAGAGUUGUCAUUGUGGAUCCAGAGACAGGCAAAGAAAUGACAGUGUACGAGGCCUACAGGAAGGGACUCAUUGACCAUCAAACCUACUUGGAGCUUGCUGAGCAAGAGUGUGAAUGGGAAGAGAUCACAAUGACCUCAUCUGAUGGCACUGUCAAAUCCAUCAUCAUCGACAGGAGGUCAGGGAGACAGUAUGACGUUGAUGAUGCUCUGUCACGUGGCCUCAUUGACCAGAAUGCUCUUGACACGUACCGAGCCGGACAUCUGGCGAUCACAGAAUUUGCUGACAUGCUUUCUGGAAAUGCGGGAGGCUUCCGUUCACGAUCGUCCUCCUUCGGUUCCACCACCGGUUCCACCUACUCCUCUCCCAUGAGCCCCAUACCAUCCAUUAAAGCACCUGCAGUCAUAUGGAAUGACCCAUCAGAGGAGACUGGCCCCAUAGCUGGAAUACUGGACGUGGACACGCUGGAGAAGGUGUCUAUCACUGAGGCAAUGCACAGAAACCUAGUGGACAAUAUCACAGGCCAAAGAUUGUUGGAGGCCCAGGCGUGCACAGGAGGAAUAAUCGAUCCCACAAGUGGAGAGAAAUUGUCAGUCACUGAUGCUGCAGAAAAGGGUCUUGUGGAUAAAGUCGUGGUCGAUCGCCUCAGCCUCGCUCAAAAGGCAUUCAAUGGAUUUGAAGACCCGAGAACCAAAGUAAAGAUGUCCGCCUCCCAGGCUCUAAAGAAGGGCUGGUUAUAUUAUGAGGCUGGCCAGCGUUUCCUUGAGGUCCAAUAUAUAACUGGUGGACUUAUUGAACCUGACGUUGAGGGCAGAGUGUCCCUUGAUGAAUCCAUCAAGAAGGGCACGAUUGAUGCCCGCACUGCCCAGAAACUGAGAGAUGUCGGUGCCUAUUCUAAAUACCUAACGUGUCCCAAAACGAAACUGAAAAUCUCCUUCAAAGAUGCCAUUGACAGAAGUAUGGUCGAGGAAGGAUCCAGCCUGAGGCUGCUGGAGGCCUCCUCACAAUCCAGCAAAGGCCUUUACAGUCCGUACAACGUCAGUGGCUCUGGAUCUGCCUACGGUUCCCGGAGUGGUUCGAGGACCGGAUCCCGAUCAGGCUCCAGGAGAGGCAGUAUCGACGCCGGCUCUGGCUUCAGCAUGAACUUCUCAUCCUCCUCCUUCACAUCCUCUUCAGCCGGCUACAGCCGCAGAUUCUGAUCAGCUCCCUUUCUUUUCUAACAACUCGUGACACAGAACCAACAAAAACUAAUGCACUUUACUGGUGCAUUUCUCACAGGAAAAAAUAGUUACAGUAACAAAGAAAAUAUAAUUUAUUUAUUCUGCCCUGCAUGUGGUCACGAUUGGCUAUUGAUUUUUUUUUUUCACAUAUAACAGAUGUCUACACAUUUGACUCACACAUGGAGACAUAACCAAGCAUUGCUAAAUACAUAAAAUAUUAAUUUCCUUUAGUACUGAUUGCAGUCAGUUUAUAUUUUUUCAAAGCAAAGCAUGAAAAAUUAGCUGUUCUUUUUAAAGUGACUAUAGUUUAAAUUUUUCACCUUAAAAAGUAAAAUUUUGCUUUCUCAAACUAAUACAUAAUGUGUGUCAAACAGAAAUAUUUUUCCAGUAUUCCUUGUUACCUUAAACAUUCAAGAAUAUUCGUCUAUUUUUUAUCUUUUUCGACAGUACUAUGUAAUGAGAUACUGUAUGUCCACGUAGUUGUAAUGUUUUUUAACAGAUCCUAAAAUACAUAGAUGCCUUCCACUUUCUGAAUGUUUGUAUAGAGUAUGGACUGAUUUGUGCUAAUGUUUUAUGUGAAACUUUGCCUGGGUAACUAAAUAAAAUAUCCAGUGUGAGAUUACAAAUGAGACUCUUAAAAAAUACAACACUGAGAAGAAGUUAUACAGACUCUUCCGUCAAUAGUUUCACAUUUGUCAUUGCUUUGUGCUCAUUUAUACUCAGUGGACUUAAGCAAUUUUUUAUUUUUAGUUCAUUACAUCAUUGUUUUACUGCUAAGUUCUGAAAUCUUCAUAUUCACCAUCACUCAAGUGUUCCUGAUAAAUCCCAAGACGAUGACAGACCCGCCUCCCGUUAUUUUUGGUUCUUUUGCGUCAGUCCCUUAGACAACAUCUGGGCACAGACGCUCAGUUGGCCCGAGCGUACGAUCCCCUCGACUUGGAUGGACUCGUGAGACCACAUCGUCCUCACGCAGUGACACAGAUCUUCCAUUGAGCAUGUCCAUUAUUUCCAUUACAUUUGAAGAGAGCUGAGGCUGAGUCAACCUGACUUCAUCUUGGGAUGCCUUUCUAGGAACACACUCCAUUCAUGGCCCCUUUUUUCAUGUAUUUAUUACUUGAGUGCUCAUAGUGAUAUUUAUGUUUUUUAAGGAUUAAAAAAAGCACAUCUUCAUUUCACUUGUCUUAAGUCCACUGAGUACAUUUUUGUAAAAUCUCCGACUGUAAAUUCAGUUCAGCCAAAGGACGAAUUAGAGAAAUUUGGAGAAUUGACACAUUUGAUACAACACCACAUUGCAUGAACGUACGUAUCAUUGAAAAUUAUUUCUUUUGCCAACUGAAAAAACAGCUUUAAGCUUUAUUUUGCUUACAGUUAUUUUUCCACAGCAACUAUUUCUUUUACCCUUUGUGUUUUACAUCUGUAAAUCAUUUUACUUGUUUUCACCAUGUUUUUUGAUAUAUUAAGUAUUUGCCUUGCAUGUUUUAUUAACUAGGAUAUUUGGGAAAAAUCUUGAUGUAAAAUAAAGACAACCGCAGAUAUAACCGGGCUGAUUUUAAUAUUGGCGAUAUAUGAAAAUCACAAACUAACUGGUUGGUUUUGCUUAUGGGGCAGAUUUUUGCUUUGAAUGAUAUAUUGAGUGGAUUAAUUUUUUUCUGAACAUAACACUGUUGUAAAUAAAUAUGCUCUUAAGAGGC